AUGCAAAAAGGUAUUGAAUUAGCUGAACAGGCAGAUACAAAAGGAGUUCAAAUAAAAAUUGUGGGACGUAUGGAAGGAAAAGAAAUUGCACGUGUCGAAUGGACGAGAGAAGGUAGGGUUCCUCUACAAACCAUUCGAGCUCCCAUGGAUUUUUGUUCCGUUCCACUUGUAACUUUGUUUGGGGUAUUCGGAGUCAAAAUUUGGAUAUUUCAAAACUUCUAA